GCGCUAUUGACCCCUCACAAUUGCUUACCUUUCAGUUCAGCCCAGCUUCACAUAUACCUUCAAUUGAGUUUCCUUUAUUGAGUUCGAUAUCAGACCCUCGGAUACAAAGCUACCUAACUUCCUCUCUCUUUCCUUUCUUGACUUUCACACUAGGCCGUCAAGAUGAGUGUAUCAGUGGAAACCUCCCUCCCCGCCACCACCGCCACCACCGCCACCACCUCCACUUCUCCAACAGUCAAAUCCCCACUCUCUCCCUCUGCUCUCCCAGAGUUUGCUCUCCUCCCUGCUCCCCUCGCCGCAGAUUCCACCCCCGUCGGCCAACUCAUUUCCCACACCGGCACGCUUGACCCCACAGCCCUCUCAGACCGCGACUACGAUGAUAUCGGCACCCGCUGGUACAAAGACGUCGUGACAUUCCGCACCGCCACCGACCUGUUCACUUCUUCUCUCGGCGCAACGCUAUUCGUCAAUAAACCCGCCGAAGGUGAAGAAAUCGGCACCAUCGAGGCCGAAGAAAUGCGUGUGCGGAUGCUGAAGAACCCAGACGAUGCACUCCAAAAAGUGCUCCAUGGAAAUGGGGGGAACGGGACGUUGAUGUGGCUAGGGCUGGAGCGCGGGGAGAUCGGUUUCGUGACGGCGGUGCGAGAGGUGAGCAAUGCGAGUUACAAGCGUGCGGGGUUGGUGGAAGCUGGAAAUGGGCUAUGGGAGGUUGUGAGGGAGGUGGAAGCUAGGGAGAAGGGGGAUGGGAUGAGGAGGGAUAGUGGGUUGGAGGUGCAGACGGGGAGUAAGAGGGAUGUUGUUGGUGUGGUGGUCAGAAAGGUGAUACAUGGGGGUGAAGAUGGGGUUGUGAGGUUGGGGGAGGAGAUGGGGGUUGAGUUUUGGCUGUGAGGGAAUGGGGUUAUGAGAAUUUGCUAAGGUAAUGGAGCGAGAGGGUGAAGACUGAUAAACUUGAACAAUGGGAGUUCUGGUGCUUGGGCGGGCAUUCAAUGGACGAAUGUAAGGGCAAAAACUCGAUUUGGUGGCUUCUAUUAUGGUGUAUUAUAGUAUGGGCAUGCGUAUAUCCGA